AACAACAAUUUCAAACGUGCUAAUUCGCUCCGACACUAAUAAUUCACCAACUGCAAUUUUAAUUCGAUUACCAAUGUUAAUUCGAUAAUCUAUUAUCAAUAAGUCAUUAAGCUAAUUUUGAUUCAAUUUUGAAUAGCCGUAAUUGAAAGUUGAGGUUUGCUUCAGUUUUCCACUUCUGGGAAAAAAAGUAAGUAAUAAUUAAAAGAUAGAUGUUCGCUUGAGGGAAUUUUUUCUCUUAAUUAAGCGUCCCCAACAUAUAUUUUGUUGGGGGAGGGGGUCGAAGAGAAGAGCCUAAUUGGGCAAUUUGAGCAUUUUGGUUGUGUGUUUCCUCAUCUUAUAAUUGUGUGUGGGUAUGGAAGUGUUAGCCGGGUUGGGAUGGAGGGUUGAUUGUUGGGGGUUAUCAAGAGGAGGGAGGAGCAGUAGCACAUAUUUGAACAACAUUAGAGCUGGUGCAGCAAGCUUCAAUGAAAAUGACCCUUUCUUCCAGGCCGCCAUUCAACGUGCUUCACUUCGUCUUCGCGAGUCUCACUCUCCAGAUCCUCUCCUUAUCGACCCAUAUGUUGGCUGCCUUCUUCCUUAUAAUACUCCCGAAGACAUGGAGGAUCAACAGCUGCAUCCCUACUGUCUCGCAACUAAGUUUAUUGAUGACAAGUUGCUCCAAACAAUGCAAUCAACUGAUGGACUGAAACAGGUUGUUUUGUUAACAGAUGGCCUGGAUACGCGACCUUACAGGCUCAAUUGGCCAACAUCAACUUUAAUAUUUAAUGUAUGCCCCGAGAAAGUAUUUAGAGGAGCACUUCAGAAGCUUCAAGGUGCUGGGGCUAAGGUUCCAAGAGGAUGCAUGUCUUUUCAUGUCCCAUCAGACUCUUUUGACAUAGAAAACAUACUGCGCAGUAAAGGAUUCAGUGGUACAAGACCAAGUAUAUGGGUUUUUCAGGGAUUGCCUAUUGUGAACUUGGAAAGUUUUAAAGAUAUCUUGUCCAUUAUAAGUAAUUUAGCGAUGAAGGGAUGUCUUUUCUUGGGAGAACUUCCUGUCUGUCUGGCUGAAAUUGAUGCUGGAGACCAGUCUGCCACAAAGAAGUGGCUUGACGUUCUGUUUAUGAGCUAUGGUUUUCGGGUGAAGAUGAUUGAAUAUGAUGAAGUUGCACGAAACCUCAGAAAAGAUUCUGCAAAAAGAGCAUCAGGAGUCGGGGCAAGCAUACUUUUUGUUGCAGAGCAUCUAUGUUUCUCUGAUGAUCAGAUGGAAACCUGGAGGACAGAAUUUCAGAGAAUAGAGGAAGAAGGGGAUGAAGAAGGCUUUGAGGAGCUCUAGGGAAGUUGGUAUAGUUUAUUCCUUUGGGAUCAGGAUUUCAACUGUCCGUUUUUGGAACGCCAGUCCUAGUACUAUUUCCUAUAGUGUAUUUUCCCUUAGUUAUGACAGUUGAAUGUUCAUUUUGCUAUAUUUUUCCUUUGAUAAAUCAUGUGCAACACCUUAGACCGA